AUGCUGUCUUUCGUGCAGGAGAACAUCGCACAAUUGCAGUCGACGCUCGAUGAUCCGACAAUCGAAUGGAAGAAGCUUGUCCUGGCCCUUUUGUGGCUCGUCUACGGCUUCGAAACAUUUCUCUCGCUUCGUCAAUAUCAGCUCUACAGCCUUGACACCCCACCAGCGACCUUAGCCAGCCAUGUCGACCUCGAGACGUUCAAGAAGUCGCAGGUCUACGGACGGGAUAAGGCUCGCUUUGGCUUAUUUGCCUCUGCCUACAGUCAGCUCAUUAGUGUUGCGCUCGUUUACUUCGACAUCUACGCCUGGAGCUGGACCUUAGCUGGUACGAUCCUGACCCGUUCUGGCCAGACCGACAGCGAGAUCCCACGCUCAAUCGUCUGGAUGAUGAUCAUGUUUAUCAUUCGAGAGAUUCCCUCGAUCCCGCUUACCCUCUAUCGCAAUUUUGUGAUUGAAGAGCGACACGGUUUCAACAAGAUGACCGCUCGGACCUUUAUCACGGACACAGUCAAAGAAUGGUUGCUCGGCUUUAUCAUCGGUGUUCCGCUCGUCUCUGCGCUGCUUUGGAUCAUCCGAUGGGCUGAUAACUCCUUCGUUUCCUACGUCGUCGUUUUCCUCUUCAGCUUCCAGAUCAUCGCCAUGGUGCUAUAUCCAACUGUCAUCCAGCCGCUUUUCAACAAGCUCACUCCCCUUCCGCAAGGUGCGCUUCGAGACCGAGUUGUAGCUCUAGCAUCCUCUCUCAAAUUCCCGCUCAAGCACAUCUAUGUCAUCGAUGGAAGUAAGCGAUCUUCGCAUUCAAACGCCUACUUCUUUGGCGUCAUUCCAGGCGGCAACAAGCACAUCGUCAUCUUCGACACUCUUAUCGAGAAGUCGACUCCAGACGAGAUUGAGGCGGUCUUGGCACACGAGCUCGGCCACUACGCCAACAACGAUCCGACCAAGCUGCUCGUCCUGUCCCAAGUGCAGAUCUGCUUCACGAUGAGCCUGUUCACCCUGUUCAUCAACAAUGUCUCCCUGUACCGAUCUUUUGGCUUCCAAGUUGGUCCCUCGCUUCUCGAAAAGGCCGCCGGAACACCUUCGUCUCAGCUGCUCAACUAUCUUCCUGUGAUCAUCGGUCUGGAGCUCUUCCAGCUUGUCCUCAACCCUACUGAUGCUCUGAUCAAGUUCCUGCUUAACUCGGCUGUUCGCCGAAUGGAGUACGCAGCUGAUCGCUUCGCUGCCACACUCUCGCGCCCAGGCCCCACCCGAUCGGAGCUCGCUGCCGUCGCCGAAUUCAACUCUGAAAAGGAUAAUGCAAGCGUCAAGGUCGAUCCGCAUCAGAAGGAAGAGUACGUUGAGCUUCUCGGCAAAGCGUUGAUCAAGCUACACGUACACAACCUCUCGACCAUGCACCACGACCCUCUCUUUUCGGCAUACCAUUAUUCACAUCCGACAUUAGCCGAACGACUCAAUGCUUUGCAAGCGUUACAUCCCCAAAUCAAGAAACAGAGGUGA